GCAUGCCCAUAUAUAACAGUGCUGUCCCCUGCAUACCAGCAUUUGCAGUGCGAUAGUAGGAUCCAUUUGAAGGAGAACUGUAGAAGAAUUUGUGAAGUGUAGUGAAAAUGCGCGCGAUUCUGCUAUCGAUUUUGCUUUUCGGAAUCGUUCGAUCGAAUGAAACGGAGGAGGCCCUGAAGCGGGGGCUCAGCGCGAAAUGCGUCUCCCGGGAAACAUCCUCGUGCAUCGCCGUGGAGCUGGUGGGCUACGUCGACCGGAUGCUCAGGACAGCCGCCUUCCAGCUCAGCGAUGACAUGAUGGUCGUUGAUGAGAGCAACGGCGCCGCAGCCGACAUCCCCACCAAGCCGGAACAGCUCGCGCGUGCUGGCACCUCCCUGGAGGACCAAGCCCAGGCCCUCAUUAUGGACAAGCUGUGGCACUUCGCCACCACCAGAUCGCUCAGAUACCGGGUCAUGGAUGGUGCAGAUCUGGUGAUAUCCCCGAAGCAAGAGGCUGAUGGUACCAUGGGUGUCGGUGUAACCAUGAAGGCACCAAAAGCCAUCGAGACCGGCAGACAGCGAAACAAGAACGUCGGGCCCUUCCUCGCAGCCGCCGCCAUGAAGUUCGGUCUGCUCGGAGCCCUGACCUUCAAGGGCCUGUACCUGAUGGUCGGGAAGGCCCUCCUCAUCUCCAAGAUAGCCCUGCUCCUCGCCACCAUCAUCGGCCUCAAGAAGCUUUUCUCUCCUCAGGCUAUAAUCAAAAAGGAAUAAUCAUUUUGUGACUGGGAUCUGACGGAGUAACCGACGGAGUACUAACAACAAAGUGUCAAAGUUAACAGUGACAAAACGGAACAUCACUGAUCAAUUGUUGAUCGAGAACCAAACGUAGAUCAAAACGCAAAUCCCGCGCGUCUAAAUCGAGAUUAAGCCAAACGUAGAUUAAGAUUGUCACUAAAGCACAACCAAUAAACGAGGCACAGAACUUUAUUUAAACAUUUUACGUGAAGUUGUGUGCCUCAAUUGUUCGAUUGUCUCACAACUCCAUUAAACGAGAUUAAUUUUAACUCUGAUUAAGCGGGGCAUGCGUUUUACGAUUGCACAAAAAUACUCAUUUGAGUUUUUUAAUAGGGGCCAAUGCAAUAAUUAAUUAGUGAUUAAGAUUAAACGGCUGAUUAAAUUAAAGUUAGAUACUGUUAACUAUGUCAUAUUGAAAUAGACAUACGAUUGUAAAUAGCACGAUUAUUUAUUUAUUUAUUGCUGUAACCUACUAACUUGUACAGUCUCGCAUUUA